GAAAUGUAACACAGGAGUUCUGAGUUGUUGUUUACAGGUGCUGUGUUGUUGCUCACAGAGUUUUGUCGCCCCUAAAUCAACACAACAGAGAGGUAGUUGUUGCGUGCGAGUGCGUGUGGCCCUCAGCAGGAGCCACUACCACCAUCACCAUGAGAAGAGUACAAAUGCAUAUGCAAGCAUGGCAGCAUCUGUUACAGGGUUUCAUCAUGACACCAUACACAAGGCUUCUAGUGAAAAUGAACAGUCGAAGACACUGUCACAGCUUUCAGUCCACAAAUGUCGGAGACAACAAAUACACAACACACGAUGGUCCAUUGUCUGGCAUCAGAGUUAUUGAUUUGACAAGAAUACUUGCUGGCCCAUUUGCAACUAUGGUUCUUGGUGAUUUUGGUGCAGAAAUUAUUAAGGUGGAACGACCUGAUAAAGGAGAUGAAACUCGGAGUUGGGGUCCUCCUUUUCUAGGAACAGAGAGCUGUUACUUCCUUAGUGUGAACCGCAAUAAGAAAAGUAUUGCUGUUAAUCUCAAACACCCAGAGGGAGUGUCUGUUAUGCAUGAUCUAGCCAAAUGUAGUGAUGUAUUAAUAGAAAACUACAUUCCUGGGGUGCUUGAUCGUUUAGGAUUAGGGUAUGACAAACUUAAGGUAGUUGCACCUCAUUUGGUAUAUUGUACCAUAUCUGGAUAUGGAUCCUCUGGUCCAUAUCAUAACAGACCUGGAUAUGAUGUCAUGGCAGCCUCUGUUGGUGGCCUCCUUGGGGUCACUGGACCAGAAGGAGGAGAACCAUGUAAGGUUGGGGUCGCCAUGACUGAUUUAACAACUGGACUGUAUGCUCAUGGGGCAAUAAUGGCUGCAUUACUUGAUAGACAAAAAACUGGAUGUGGACAGAAAGUUGACUGCAGUUUGCUGGCUACUCAAAUAUCGUGUAUGGUGAACCUAGCAUCCAACUUUUUGAAUGGAGGAAAAGAGGCAAAGAAAUGGGGAACUGCUCACGAGAGCAUAGUACCAUAUCAGGCUUUUCCAACAAAUGAUGGGUGUCUUACUGUUGGUGCUUUGAGCAAUAAGCAGUUUUCAGCUUUAUGUCAAACGAUUGGUCUAGAAAAUCUUUUACAGGACGAGCGUUUUUCUACAAAUGCUCUUAGAGUAACAAAUCGAGUAGCACUUAUCAGUGCACUCAGUCAAACUUUUCAGCAGAAAUCAACAAAGGAAUGGCUCGCCAUUCUUGAUGGCUGUUCUUUUCCUUAUGCACCUAUCAAUUCAAUAUCCCAGGCCUUCUCUGAUCCCCAAGUAAUCCAUGAUCAGAUGAUACAGAUAAUUGAACAUCCAAGUAUAGGGGAAAUAAAACAGGUAGCUCCAGCAGUGUCAUUUAGUUCUUCUCUAAACAAAAUCAGAACAGCCCCACCAGUUCUUGGGCAGCACACAAGAUAUGUACUUUUGGAUAUCCUCCAGUAUUCAGUUGAAAAAGUUGAAGAACUUAAAAAACAAGGUGUAAUAUAUGGUGCAUAAUAUCUAUUAAUUUGGCUGCUAUGUAAUAAGUUGCUAUUUAAUCACACAAUUAAAUGAGGAUUGCCUCAGCAAGCAUAUAUAUGAGAUAAUGAAAGAAACAAGAAUAAAUUGGCAUAAGGGACAAACAGAAAGACAAAGAAUAGGUUACAAGAAUUGUUGUGGCAGCAUUGAAGUGAGGAAAGUGAAUCACACCACCAUCUAGUGCUGCAGUGAAGCCCAAGGAAACAAUCAGUGGCAUAAAGGUUUACCUUCACUUGCCCCUCUUUAGUACUGCACUCUGAUCACCAUGGGUACCCCUUACUCUAAUAGGCAAACCCCUCAUUCACACAAAAGGUGGCGGCCCUUCCAUUGUGCUGUUCAACGACUGCCUGUAUGCUCCCACUCUUUCGUGAUAUGUGGGCUUGGUGUAGCUCCAUGCUGAUGUGCCUUUGCUGUCUGCAUCCAUCGUAACAGAGGAAUUUUGGGCUUGCUUGUAUUUGGCUUCAUAUAUGUGGAUUCUAGCCUUCAUGGGGUUCCAAUUUCAGUGGGUUUGCGAGGACAUUGAGGCACUCAUCUCCUGGCUUGGUACUCCUGUUUUGGAGUCUACUAUGGCAGGAUCAGCAGCUUUACUUCAGGAGGUAGUGGCCAUAUUCCACACUAUGUGCUUUGCAUGUCGACAGGCUGCUUUAACCCUGUCUUUAAAAUCAGCUUCGGUCCCCUGGAUCUCAUGUCCACCUCCACUUUUUUGCCUCUCCACUUUCCAGAGGGUGUUGGUUUGUUUUUAUCUCCUGCAGCUGUAUCUUGUCAGCCAAUUUUGGACUUGGUGCAUUCUCGUGGUUUCUGGUCUCAUUCCUGGAGGUGGUCGGGCAGAGCUGGGACGUUGCCUGCUAUUAGUUAAUCCCUAGGCUGCACACCUGUUAAUAGCCGACAUCCCCGUGGUGUACAAACAACAUUGUUCUGAAUUUGUUUUUUAUUUUAGCAUUGUUAAUUAGCAUCCAGGAAACACAAACAUCCAAGUAUAAAGUCUCUAUCUCUUGUGGUUUAGCUGUAGUGGCCCAGAGAAGUUGCAUUAUAAUCUAAUCUAACUUCAUCUCAGGGGAUUGAAGAAUUAAAAUUUUGAUACGUUAGAUAUGUUAUUUUUUGAGCCUGUCAACUCGGUUAGAAAUCUGGACAUUUACUUUGAUUUGUCAUUGUUAUUUGGUGGGCACAUAAAUCAGAUUGUUAAAUAUUGCAAUUUUUUCAUUCGUAAGCUCUAGGAAAUUUGAAAAUUUAUUCCUCAUCCAUUCAUUUGUUUUCUCUAGAAUUGAUUUUUGUAAUUUCUUAUGGGUUUGCCAAACUAUUUGUUAAAUUGAUUAUAAUGAAUUGAGCAACUACACUUGUAUUCUCACUUCAUUUGGAGUUUAAACUAGUUCCUAUUUGUUUGAGCUACAUUGGCUCCCUGUAAAGGCAAGGAUUGACUUUAAAUACUGUGUUUAUUGACAUUGAACACUAUUAAGUUAAAGGAACCCAAGUAUUUGAAUGAUUUACAAAUUCCUUUUACAUCAGACUCUGGAAUGCUGCAGAUUGUCACGAAUCCCUUCAGGUUGGUUGAGCCUCAUGCUUCCUGCUCCCGUCGAGGCCACUAAAAAUGGUAGCCCUCUGGUAAAUUAUAUCGGUCAUUGCUUAUGUGGUGUGUGUGUGUGUUAAGACUCGAAACUCUGUUAAGAGUUUUAAGUCUCGGUAGAAGGCAUACCCGGUAGCUCUUUUCUAGACCUUAUGAUCCUGAUUAUCAUUCUGUAUCUUUGGAAUAUAAAGUGUAGUAUUUUUAUAUGGUAUCAUUUAUUGCACAAAGUUCAGGCACAUGGGAAUUUGAGCACUACAAAUUAUUCUACUAUUAUCAUGAUAAUAUUAAUAAUCAUUACAGUACUAUUAAUAUUAUGCGUAUCCCAUAAAUUGUUCAUUACAAAUAAUGAUGAUUAUGAUUACCUUGUAAUGUGGAUGUGUUAUUGUAUCAUAUAAACAGCUUAACUGGUACUGAAAUGGUCAUAAAGCAGGGUAUUGAUACAGUAAUGCUCUAGUUAUAUCAAACCAACUCUUUAUUGAAAUCAAUAAACAUUUAAUGCAUUAUAUAAUAUUUGUAUUUAAAAACAAGUCAUAAAACAUUACAACCAUAAAGUAAAUUUUCCAAAUAUCAAAGAUGUGUGUUCUCAGCCUAAAAUUAAAUGCCAACUGCUUAGUGUAUAAAUAAUCGUGCAUUAUUCCCUAUGAUAGUUUUUCCUAUUCUUCCCCUCAAUGUAAUUACAUGCACUAGUUCUUUUACAUCUUUUUCUAAUGUAUAGGCUACAUUAGUACAAUAAUAUACCGGCUAAUGGCUACAGCUUGGACAGAGGAGGAAGUAUUCAUAUAUAUUUUGUAAUUCUAUAUUUGAAUGUGUUCUUGAUGAAUUAAUGAUUAUAUAGUCCCUCUUGUAAAAUGUUAUAUAAUGACUCCUCACAUGGACAACAUCUGCAACAAUACAGUACAGUCAUAUCUGUUGGUUUCGUUUGAGUAUUUAUCAGAAUGUGUGUAUCCAACAAUAUUUUAUGAACUCUACAAAGGCUUUUAUAUACAUGGUGUGUGUUGUGUAGCCAUGUUGAUAUGUAUGCACUGCAUGCUAUAUAACCAUGUUGCUCUAUGCACACUGCAUGCUCUAUAACUAUGUUGCUCUUUGCACACUGCAUGUUAUCUAACCAUGUUGCUCUUUGCACACUGCACUCUAUAUAACCAUGUUGUUCUAUGCACACUGCAUGCUAUAUACCUGUAUUGCUAUGCACAAAAAAGGAAUUAGAAUAGCAGAACUACACCAAGGAACUGCAUAUGUGAUUAUUUUAUUUAAAGAUAUCAACUUGAAUCCAGGUUUCUUCCUAAAAUAAGUGAUAAGUGAAAUGUAACACAAGAAUAUUUAUGGUAUAAAAUACAGUAUUAUUUUUCUAUCACAAAGGCCAGUUGACAUUAUCUACACUUACAAUACACCUCUGAUGACAAAAUUAUUGACAUGAAUUUUAGCAACUCUGAGAGAAAUUGCCUGUUAAAAAAGUUACUACUGAACACAAAAAAAUACUACACAAUUUUUGGGGGCCUAAUGUAUAAACACAGGAUGUAGUGAAUACUUGAAUUUAUAUAAAAAAUAUAUGUUCAAUAUUUAUAUAAAAUGUCAGAUUAUUUACUAUACAUGUGAAAAUUAGUUAAUAAUUUGUGCCUAAUAUGUAUAAAUUCAAGAAUUCACUAGUUCCUGCAAGUAUAAAUUAUAUAAAUAAGCCUACCCACAUAUAUGUAAAGACAGGAAUAUGAUAUUUUAUCCCGUCCGACACCCUUAUCAAGUCGUAACUUAUAUUUUCAGUAUUCAUAAAAAAUAUCAUUUAUCAUUUAGGAGGAUUUAAAAUAAUUUAAAUCAUUUAAUUUAAUUAUUUAUCAUAAUUA